GCUUAUCAUAGUAUAGUAUCCAUAUUUGAGAAUCGAUUCUACAUUAUUUGCACAACUUCCUAUAACACACGAUGGACAUUCUGGAGGAAAUUAUGCCUCGCGGCACACUAUAUCGUUGUAAUUAUUCUAUUGGUCCCAGUGGAUCUUUUUGUUCCAGAUCAGGAAAUCGCUCUUCAGCAUUUGUUUGAGAAACUUCCCUGCCUACCUGACUACAUCUACCAUGCUCCGGUAUUUGUGUUAUGUCAGAACAUAACUUAUACUUUUAUCGGAGCAUUCUCUGCGAUGUCAGUUAUUUGUUGGGAAAUGAUUGGCUUCGGUGUUCUUCUAAUUUGGAACAUACUCCAACAAUUUCGACACCAGAAAAUAUCAUAGGCAACUUUUCAACUUCAAAAGCGAUUCUGCAUUUCUCUGGUGAUGCAGAUGGAAAUCCCAUUGACUUGCUUCGUAUGCCCGUUGAUUUAUACAGCGGCGUCAACAUUGAUUAAAUAUCACAAUCAGGCAGCAAUGAACAUUAUGCUGACUAUUGCUUCAUUUCAUGGAUUUGUAUCAACAAAUGCACUGCUUCUGCUUCAUGCCCUUUAUCGGAAUGCUGUCAGAAAGAUUUUCUAUGAACCUUCAAAAAUAUCAACAUCGCAUUAUCAUUCUACUCGUUUGCAUUUGCAAAGAAAUUCUAUUGGAGUGAUACAAUGCUGA